AUGGAGGCGGAAGGGGACCCGGAGGAGCUGGCCCGCCUGCGCUCAGUCUUCGCCGCCUGCGACGCGAACCGCUCGGGGCGCCUGGAGCGCGAGGAGUUCAGCGCGCUAUGCGCGGAGCUGCGCGUGCGGCCGGCGGACGCCGAGGCCGUGUUCCAGCGGCUGGACUCGGACCGCGACGGCGCCAUCACAUUCCAGGAGUUCGCGCGCGGCUUCCGCGGGGCCCGCCGCGGGGGCCGGCGCCGGGGCUGCGGGCUGCGGGCGGGGCCCGCUCUGUCCGAGUCCCAGGCUGGGUCCGACUCCGGGGACAGUGAGGAGGACGAGGACGACCAGGACGCGGCAGCGGAGGUGCUGGCGGCCCCACGGGGCUCGGCUGGCCCCGGCCCCGCCUGGCGGGACUUCCAGGCGCGACUCGGGGAGGAGGCCAAGUUCAUCCCCAGGAAAGAGCAAGUUAGUACCUUGUAUCAAAACAUCAACCUUGUGGAGCCGAGACUGAUUCAGCCGUAUGAACACGUUAUCAAGAACUUCAUCCGUGAGAUCAAACUUCAAAGCACAGAAAUGGAAAGCCUGGCCAUCGCGGUGAAGAGAGCCCAGGACAAGGCAGCCAUGCAGCUGAGUGAGUUGGAGGAGGAAAUGGAUCAGAGGAUUCAGGCUGCAGAACACAAGACUCGGAAAGACGAAAAACGCAAAGCUGAGGAAGCCCUCAGUGACCUCAGGCGUCAGUAUGAAACAGAAGUAGGGGAUCUACAGGUGACAAUAAAGAAACUGAAAAAGCUAGAAGAACAAUCAAAACAUGUAAGUCAAAAAGAAGAUGUGGCUGCAUUAAAAAGACAAAUUUAUGAUUUAUCAAUGGAAAAUCAGAAAGUUAAGAAAGAUCUGUUGGAAGCACAGACAAACAUAGCCUUUCUUCAGAGUGAAUUAGAUGCUUUGAAAAGUGAUUAUGCUGAUCAGAGUCUGAAUUCUGAAAGGGAUCUGGAAAUAAUCCGAGAGUACACAGAAGAUCGAAAUAGUCUUGAGAGGCAAAUUGAAAUACUCCAAACAGCUAACCGGAAGCUGCACGACAGCAACGACGGCCUUAGGAGUGCCCUCGAAAACACGUACAGCAAGUUCAACAGGUCCUUGCGCGUAAAUAAUACAUCGCCAGGGAAUACAAGUUCUAGGAGCAGUCCGAAAUUUAAUGGUCAUUCUCCUCAACCUCCGGGCUAUGACAGGUCCUCCCGCUCUUCCUACGUGGAUGAGGACUGUGACUCGCUGGCCCUCUGUGAUCCUAUGCAGAGGGUGAAUUGUGAAGUUGACAGCCUGCCCGAGAGCUGCUUCGACAGUGGCCUGUCCACCCUGAGAGAUUCCAAUGAGUACGACUCGGAGGUGGAAUACAAACACCAGAGAGCAUUUCCGAGGUCGCACGGCAUGCGGGAGAGCUCUGCGGGCGAUGCUUCAGACACAGACGUUCCUGAUAUAAGGGAUGAAGAGACGUAUGGUUCAGAUGGUGUGGCUUCGGUAUUAGACUGGAAGCCCCCUGUUAGUGAAGGCAGCGUUGCUAGUUAUCCACGAAAGCCCAUCUUGGCACUUUCACCCCAGACAGACAUGGCGGAUGAUAACAGGUCUUCCAGCUCACAGAAGGCUUACAAGAUUGUGCUCGCGGGGGACGCCGCAGUGGGGAAGUCUAGUUUCCUCAUGAGACUUUGCAAGAAUGAAUUUCGAGGAAAUACAAGUGCCACACUGGGAGUUGACUUUCAGAUGAAGACCCUCAUUGUGGAUGGAGAGCGCACAGUUCUGCAGCUCUGGGACACGGCCGGUCAGGAGAGAUUCAGAAGUAUUGCCAAGUCCUACUUCAGAAGAGCAGAUGGAGUCUUGCUGUUGUAUGAUGUCACGUGUGAGAAAAGCUUUCUUAACGUACGAGAAUGGGUGGAUAUGAUUGAGGAUGCAGCCAACGAGAGUAUUCCUAUCAUGUUGGUGGGAAACAAGGCUGAUCUUCGUGAGUCUGCUGCUGCAGAGGGAGAGAAGUGCGUCCCAGCAUACUUUGGAGAAAAGCUGGCCAUGACCUAUGGGGCAUUAUUCUGUGAAACAAGUGCCAAAGAUGGUUCGAAUAUAGUGGAAGCUGUUCUCCAUCUUGCCCGGGAAGUAAAAAAAAGAACUGACGAGGAUGACAGCAAGUCCAUUACCAACCUGAGUGGGAGCAGUUCCAAACAGUCAACCCACAUGAAGAAUUGUUGCAAGGGUUAAACCUCGAACAUCUUGACCUGCGAAGUCUUCAUUUCUGGAAUACAGAAUGUGUGCGACUUACUUGCUUCUCACAUGGUGUGGUGCAGAACUACAGACGCUGUCAUAUGGAGAGUUACAUGUGGGAGAUCUGGACCGUGCUGUGGGUCCCUCCAGAACCUCGGCUCUUCUUCACUAUGUUCCCACGAACAAUUUAGGCUCCCUGGUUAAAUACACUUGUCUUGUCCUUACAGGGUCUUAAACGAUAAUGUGUAAAUGUUUUUCAAGUGAUAAAAAAAAAAUCACAUGCUCAGAUCAAAGCUGUAGAAGAAACUCAUGGACAUAAUUAGAUUCAUGCGGGAGCUGACAAAACCUAUGACAACAUUUCCUUCAGACAUUUAAUACUAGAGUACUGAUAAAAGGGGGUAUGGCCCUGGCUUUGCUGUUAACUAGGCUUGUGGUUGUGGACAUGUCACCAGCCCAUAUUAGUUCUGUGUCCUCAUCUGUAGAACAAGGCAGCGCGGCCUUGACCCUCUCACAUUCUGUAGCACUUUUUUUUUUUUUUCAGAAGUGAGAAGGAGAGUGUGCUAGCCCAUGGUUAAUAAAGACUCUGGUUGUUUGUACUUUUAAAAUAUUGGAGUAUUGAUUUUUCUCACUUCUGAAACAAGAACAGAAUUUAAUUGAGGGGAAAAAGGCAAUUUUCAGUCUUUGGUGGAGACAGAAAAAUCUAUUUUUCUAUGUGUAAAACAAAACAUUUUUUUUGUGACAAAAAUAGUUCUAUAUAAAAGAGAGUAUUUUAUAAUCUCAGAAUACUUACAAAGUCCUUGGUUUAAGUUUGAUGUUAAAAAUUCCAACACACACAUAGAAAGCCACAUACUACUGAGAGUACAAUGCCCAGGAAGGUUGUCGCUCUUCACUUAAACAGCUCACCAGCGAGUGGCUGCCAGGGCUGGGGACAGCCAGGAACCAAGAGUGAGCAACUGCUAAUGGGUGUGUGACAUCUUUCUGGGAUGAUGAGAAUGUUCUGGAAUUGUAUGUGGCAUUAAUGGUUGCAUAACUUUUGGAAUAUCCUAAAAGCCACUGAAUUGUAUACUUCCAAAGGGUGAAUGUAAGUGUACGUGAAUUAUAUCUCAUUAAAAAAUACAUUAGUUCUUAGAACCAUUUAACAUUUUGCCAAGGGAAAAUAUGCAUGCUUAUUUCAACUCUUCCCAUGAUUUGAAAGCAUGAUCUCCAAUACAAUGCAAAUCCCUCCACUCCCUCCCUGCCAGGAUCCCCACUUCCUUAAAUAAUGGACAAGGAAAGAAGUGCUGUGCAAGGUUCUUGGAAAAGCAUCUCUUUAAGAGAGGAGGUGUGGUAAGGAAAGGAGUGGGAUUCCUUUGUUCAAUGUGACUAGUGACUUCCUCACCAAAGAGCUGGUUGGUCUUGCUCUCCUAGAACCUGCAGUACCUCCCACACUUUCCCAUUGACAGGUCUCUAAGAGCCAAAGGGGUCAGCACCUGACCCUGGGGUGGGUCAGUGAAGCCUGGUGCUUGGUGUUUGGUUUUCAGCG